ACAAGUUUGAAUUCGAUCCGCGGCAAGUAAACAAACUCGAAAAUAUGACAUAAAUACUGUAAAAGGCAAUGAUAAAACACCACCUUAUUAGCUUUUCUCUUUUCGUGUGAAACGUGGUUUCAUUUUUCAUAUUCAUUGUGUCUGUGUCUGUGUCUGUUGGAUCGCUCUUCAAAAUUGGUUCUGACAAAGGUUCAGCUAUAGAGGAUGGAGACAGCACCAAACCUCCUUAAAAGUGUUGUGGUCGCAACAUCACAAUACGUUGGUCAUAAGAUUGAACGCAACCUUGUCUUCUUACAAAGACAGAUAGAUGUUCUGAUAAGCAAAACAAGUCGUGGUUGUUCUCUCAAGUUCUUCAAUCCAUCAGAAGUUCUUCCUGCGGAGUGUAUCACCUGCCUGGUGAACAUUGUUUCCGACCCUUCCACCAAGUCCACGCUUGUCCUCAAGUGCCUUCUUUUAUUUAAUAACCUAGUAUCAGACAGCCUUAUCCGAGCUUCCCUGCAUGAGAAGUUUUACCUGACCCCGGCACUUGUGAGUGUAAUAAGGCAUCAUGGAUCCUCUAGUGGUGACACUCUCACAGUUGAGGCGCUGCACCUGCUCCAGAAAAUCACGUACGGCCAAAGGAUCAGUUUCGAGGAGUCGUUCAUGGAGGAUCUGCUACAUUUCCUUCUCACGCACGUGGCGUACCCUACCACAGGGUUUACUCAGCCUUCCAUGGGUGUCCUUGUCAACCUGACCCGGGACAACUUCUCCGUCCUCUCCUACAUUAAAAACAAUGAGAAUAUAGCUGACCUGGCGCGGACACUCACCAAACUUCUGGGAGACCAGCCACAGACAAUGGUCCUGUUUUCUCUUACACUCCUGCUGAAUGUUUGCUCACAGGAAAAAGUGGGAGGCAAGUUCUUCACGGACACGAAUGCACCCCGGACGUUCCAAAUGAUCUUUAACAUGUUGAUGGAUGCGGACUCUGGGGAGGUUAGGAAAUACGCUGUGGACCUCAUGAAGGAUGCCAUGAAAGUCGCUCGUCUUCAGAGAAGCCUUGCAUUGUAUGAGUACCUAGACACAUGUCUUGAGCAGACCCUAACUCUCCUUACAACAUCUUCACAGGACUCGGCUAUCAAAAUAUUUGAGUUAUUAACAACACUGUGUCAAGAGAAGGAGGUCCGUAUCAAAGUGUGCAAGGCCAUGCUGGCCACAUUCCAAAUCCAGGACCAGAAAACAUUUCCAAAUCUUGCCAAGACCCCCCUUAGCCAGAUAGCAGACCCCCUCCUUGCCACUAUACACUGGUCAGGGCAGUCAACAGACACGUAUGGUCGCACCCCGCUGGCCGCCUUAGACCUGCUGCAUGAAAUAUACGAGGCUCUGGUGUUUUCACAUGACCGCAUACACCACGAGAAACACAUUUCAGCUGUGCUCCCUACUGUGUUACAAACAUUGAGUGUUCCACUAGAUGGAGAUAACGCUACCAUACAAAGACGGUGUGAAGCCAUGGUCAAGUGUGUGAAGCUACUGAACACCUUUUGUCAUGAUGACAGUUUCCUAACGCUGAUAUCGAAGAAUGUGCCCCAUGGAGUGUUAAACAAGCUGCUGUGUUACCAGUUUGAACAUAACCAUGUAGCCCUGAAAACCAGCACUCAACCCCCCUCAGAUGACUGGAGCACGACAGGUGUUGACCUGGUGUUACAUCUGUUGGAUCUGAUUGGUCGCCUCAACAGCUCGUCCCUGGAGGAUCUUUUCAUGCUUGUAAUGCAAGACACACAGGUGGUGCCUUUCCUAGCUUGUGGUCUAGGCAGCACAAAUCGACAGCGGGUUCAACAGACCAUGGAGAUAAUUGUGCUGGGAGCUAAGCUGGAGGGAUUUCCAACUGUCAUCCUGUCUGAUGCCCUGGUGUACAACAACUCUGGUCGGGAUUCCCAGACGUCUCACUCAUCCAGCUGUUACCCCACCCACCCACACAAACGUCAGCUCAUCGAGGAUAAAGAAAAUCAGAUGGUCCUGCGAAAUAAGCCAGUGAAUAGUCAUCAUGGUCAGGACUUCCCCGACAAAUCAGAUGGAGAUGAUUCAAUACAAACUCUCAUCAGUAGUCUCAAUAAUAGUCUGGCGAUAAAGGACGGGAAGAUGCCCGAGCUCAUGGCUGUGUAUGAGCGCUCGUUGCAAGCUCUUCAGACGAAGGAGCAGCAUCUACAGGACCUGCUGGAGGCCAAGACCCUGGCCUUGACACAAGCAGACAGGAUGCUGGCCCAGUACCGGUCCAGGAAGGGCCAGGAUGAGGCUGAGUUUAAUCGGCUUCGGUCCCUGCUGAUUCAAGCGGAGAAGAGAUGUGAGGGCUUGCAACAUGGCAGCACGGACAUGCAGGGCCGCAUUGACAAGUACAGCAAGGAGGUGGAUGACCUUCACACAGAGAACAGGAAACUGCAGGAGGUGGCCAAGAUGCACCAGCAGUUAACAGUGGUUCACACAGAGCUCACUGAGGCUCAUGAGAGCCUACAGAAGUCGCACCAGACGUUACGACAGGAGCAUAACUCCCUGACAGAGAUGCACGAGAUGUUACAGAAACAUAACACCAACCUUAAACAACAGUAUGAUUUAGCCAUGGAGCAAUUGACAGCAUUACAGGAUGAACGGAGAAAGAUAUCCACACAGCUGAAGACUUCAGAAGCAAAACUGGAUGAUUCGAAGAAGGCAGCGCUGAAAUGGGAGUAUGAUUAUAAGCGGUCAGAGGAGGAGCGUGAGACGAUGGAGAUGAGUAUUGAGAAACUCCGUAGUGACCUCACGUCUUCUGAGAGCAAAAACAAACAGUUACUUGAAAAGGUGUCGCAACUGGAAUUUGCAUGUAGCCAAAAUGAAGCGAAGAUCACCAGUUAUGAAGAGGAAAUUAAAGAACUGAAAACCGAGGUUCAUAAGCAUCGACAAAUAGCAGCAUUGAUAAACAGUCUAAGCGGUGGACAGCCUUCAGAUGCCAGCAUGUCAAAUGCUUCAAAAACAUCUUCAACAAAGGGAGAGCAUUAAUGGAAAAUUGUGCUAAAGUGGGAAAUGUGAUAUGAAUAUUUGUGUGCCUUUGCAUUGCAAAGAUGGCUUAUUUGAGAAUGAAAAUUGAAAGAUGGAAAAGCAUUUUGGCAAUCACUGAUCCAAUUUGUUAUUUGUUGCCCUUCCUUUGCGAAACAUUUAUAUAUCUUAUUAAAGGUAAAAGUUUGUUUUGUCUAAGUUAGUUGUAUAAAUCAAAAUUUCAGAAAACAAAUGUAAGUUGUACAUGUUACAUGUUGCUAGGUAAUUAAAGAUACUAAUCUACAUGUACAUGUUUGUACAUGCCCUUCCUUUGUUAGUAGUUCUAAAACUCAAAUCUUGGGUGAUAUUAAAAAAUGUAAGUUACUUACAUUUAAGACGAUUUGAGGCUAUGCAUAAAUGCUGUAUGUAUAUAUGUAUACAUGUAUGCCAAAUGUUUGUUCUUUUCUGCACAAUCUGGGGCUGUAUUCAAUGACCAUCUUAGAUUUCACUUAAUUUUAUGAUUAGAAUCCAAGUGUUUUGAUUGGACUGUAAAAUUAAAUGGCCAAUGGACUGCAUUGAAUCACUGAGGCGUGUCUUAGGACAAGGAUAAGAACGAUAUUGAAUACAGACUCUAAUUAACAUGGCAAUCUGUUUAUUAUUAGUUUCAAAUAAAACCAAUAGACAGAUUGACGAGUGACAUAACAAUUCAUAUGGUAUUUUCCUACCAGUUUUUGAUUGGUUGAUUUCAUAAUGAAAUCCAACCCAUGACCAAUGGCAUACUGGUUGGUUAAUUGGCAUAUGAACACAUGUAAACAAAAACAUUCAAUGUGUCUAUACAAAACCCCACCCCUAAUGAAAACACCACCUCUAAUGUACAUUGUAAAUCUGCAUCGACAUGCACAUGUUAUCAUUCUCAUUAUUUCUUCUCUUUUCUAUCCUCAUCAUCUGUAUUAUGUCUAUAUGUCUAACUUUCAGCUCCACAUUUUUCUUUUUGUGUGUGCCAGUAACUGUGUUAUUUAUUCUUAUGGUAUUGUUACGUACAUGUGUAUUCAGCCUUUGUCCAAACGUCUCAUACUUUUCAUCAAUUAAGCGGGACUUUUUAGACUUAGUAUCAUUGUUAUCAACAGUUACAAAUUAGUUUCUAAUUUUCUUAUAUGGAGAGAAUUGUUAGAUUACCGUAACAUUAAAGUCCCAAAUUCUUAGUCAAAUGCAAAUAUUUGCUUAUUUCGAAUUUUAUUGAUUGUAAUGAAAUAUUAAGCAUAAGCCAUUAUUUAUUUUAUAAAGAUGCACUCUUACUCCCAAAUAAGAUUUACCACAAAUAAUAUAAUUGUUUAAAUAUACCAAAAAUGAUAAAUAAUUGUCGAAAACAAUGGCUUUUAUAAAGGAUACCAAGUUUAAUUUGAAAGAAAGAUGCAGAAAAAACAGUAUUUCUGGCUUGUGGGACUAUAGUAGAUCGCAGUAAACCUUUUUGCAUUCACCAAUCAUUUAAUAUGUUUGCGUUUUCAGCUAUUAAAUACACAGUUACAAUCUUUUUAUCGUAAUUAGUAUUUUUCCUAAAUGCAUUAUUUAGUAAGUGUUUAAAGAAGGUUUAAGGUUUAUUACUCAAAUUGUUUGUUUGUUAUACAUGUGUGUUUAUAGAUUUUGGACAAGAGUGUCACUUUAAUCUCUCUAAAGGAAUUUUAAGUUGUUGUAUCUUAUUGUAAUUGUCAAGUAUAACAAAUUGGUAAGGGAAAGUUGUAGAUGUUAUUAAAUGUAAUUAUUUAGUAAUUAUUCAUGACCACACAUGCUGAAAUAUUACCAAUAUGCAUUUAUUUCUUAAUUGUAAUGGCUAACUUCUACUAAAUUUUGUGUUAUGUAGAAUAGCCUCACUGUCUGACAUUUUUAACAUUUUUUACUUGUUUUGAUAUUAAAAAUGUCUUGAAAUAAACACAAAAUGUU